UAACAAUAAAUAAAUAAAUAUAUAACAAUACAAUAAAAAGAGAGAGAAAAGAGAAAAGAGAAAAGGGUGCCCUUUUUCAAAUUUGAAGCAAGAUUCAGAAAAUCUAACAGCGAUAGCCGAUGUCCGAUCGGCUCCCUUCAAGAUCCCUCUCAAUCUCAACGUCUUUGUUGUUGAUUUCAGUGGAGUACUCUUUUGAAAGUUUUCUAGGUUUUUCUUUAUGAUGCUUUGGAAACCCUGCUCAGUGGAGUACUGCUUUAGAGUGGGGAUUGAUUCUAAGAUCUUCACUCCUUGGUUGGUAAUUCAUGGCAAGCGAUAAGGGGAAGUUUUCAGGGAGAGGUGAAUCUUCGGCCUGCGCUGAAGCUGCUGCUAUUUCUUCUGCUACCAAAGAUGGCGGUGGCGAGGAGUUUCAGAGGCAGCGGCCAUUACGCGGGAGGAUUAGUGGCCCGACACGCCGCUCUACUAAAGGGCAAUGGACAGCAGAAGAGGAUGCUAUAUUGUGCAGAGCUGUACAACGUUUUAAAGGGAAGAACUGGAAAAAGAUAGCUGAGUGUUUCCCAGAUCGAACUGAUGUUCAAUGCUUGCAUAGAUGGCAGAAAGUUCUAAAUCCUGAACUUGUUAAGGGACCAUGGUCUAAAGAGGAAGAUGAUAUUAUAGUGGAAAUGGUAAAUAAACAUGGACCAAAGAAAUGGUCAGCAAUUGCGCAAGCAUUGCCAGGACGUAUUGGAAAACAAUGUCGAGAGAGGUGGCAUAAUCAUCUUAAUCCAGCCAUAAACAAGGAGGCAUGGACUCAAGAGGAGGAGAUAGCACUUAUUCAUGCUCACCAAGUUUAUGGAAACAAGUGGGCUGAGUUGACAAAGUUCUUACCUGGAAGGACAGACAAUGCUAUUAAAAAUCAUUGGAACAGCUCAGUAAAGAAAAAGUUGGACUCAUAUAGGGCAUCAGGCUUACUUGCACAAUUCCAAGGCGUCCAUUCUGUCAAUGUUCCUAAUCAUGUUACUUCUUUAUCAGCAACUAGUCUACAUCAGAAUGAAGAGAGUGGCUUUAGGGACAAACCAGAAUUUGAUGUUUCUUCAGAAUGUAGCCAGAACUCAGCUCUGGCACUUUCUUCCCAGUCGGACUGUGAAUUGGCAGCUAAUUUGAUUCCAAAGCAAGAGAAAUUUAAACCAGAGGAGGAUUCUGCUAAAAGGAGGGCAGUAGAUGCUGAGGGACAUUGUGCCCGUGAAUGUUAUGCAUCUGUGAGAGAUGUUGCAUAUGUCUCUGAAGUGCAACAUUCUAGAGGUUUAAUUUCUUUAAGUGCCUCUGAACAAAAUUCAUUAUGUGAGGAUGGGGCAUCUGAAAGUAUUAGUUACCCAUCUGUUUCUGAUGGCAUGAUGAGUUAUUCAUUUACAGAAAUCAGUCAGAAAGCACAAGGGUCAAAGGAAACAUCAGAACACAAUCCCAAUCAUGCUAAUGGAAAUCAUGGACGCAAACCUAAGUUGUUUCAAAAUGAUAUUAGGCAGAACUCUACGUAUACAUCCUCAGUGCUGGCUUCCAAGCAGAAAAACCUUUUGAUGUCUGAAACAGACUUCUCUACCAGCAUGGUUUUUGUGGGGGAGAUGAGCUCAAAUUUUCCUUUCGGUGCUCCAUUCUCCUCCUCCAGUGUUGCAAAUCUGAAUUCUUUCCAGGGAAUUCCAAAUUGCCAAUCUGAAGAUUACAUUUCUGGAACUUGUAUGAAUCCUGCGUCAACUUCACAAACAUUGUCUCCGGUCAUUCAAUCAAGUGCUGCAGAAAUUCCAUACACUCAGAGUCUUACGGGUGAAGUUUCUCCAUCUUUUAUGUGUAAAAAUAAUGGAAAGCUUCUUGAUAGAAGUGAUAAAGUCGGUAUCACUGAAGCUUCUCUUGUCAUUUCAGAUUCAGAUGUUACCAAAUGCUUACAUGAUGGUUUUGAACAUUCUAGUUCUUCUCAGAUACCUUCUGUUGUGGGUGAUAGGUCUAUGAUUUGUCUGCCUGCAGAUUUCAAUCAAGAAAAGGAAACUUCAAAGAAAACCUUUAUGGAAAUGAUAGGGUUUGGACCAGUAGAUGCGAUUGGAAACCUUUCCCUCUCUGGUGAAAAUGGAAAUGAGCAAACUAACUGUCCGGAGUCUGGUGGUCUAUUUUAUGAGCCUCCUCGUAUUCCAACAUUUGAUCCAUUUGUCAGUUGCGACCUUAUUCCGUCUAGUGAACAGCAAGAAUUUAGUCCUCUUGGAAUUCGGCAAAUCAUGAUGUCUUCAACAACAUAUAGUUUAUGGGAUUCACCCUCUCAUGAUGACAGUCCUGAUGCUUUUCUGAAGAAUGCUGCUAAAAACUUCUUGUGUACGCCAUCCAUCAUGAAGAAACGCCAGCGUGAUCUAUUGUCACCUUUGCAGGAAGAAAGAACAGACAAAAAAUCUGGAAGAUACAUGAAACAUGGGUUUAUGUCCAAAUGCUCUACAAGCAAGGAUAUUUCUUGCAUUGAUGCUAUGGAUGAAAAUAUAGCAAAUGAGAUUCCUUCGUGCUCCGCUGAGAAAUUUUUGGCAUCCACUUCUUAUAAUCAGGAGAAGGAUUCAGGAGCCUCUACACAGCUAGUAGAGAAUAUGGAUCCAUCUAUGCAAGAACCCGGGUCUCCAGGUGAAGGAACUGAUGCUAGUAACCUUCAAGAAAAGAUGGAAGUGUCUACAACUAGAAACAAGGCUACUGGGAUACUUACAGAACAUAAUACCAAUGACCUGCUACAAUUUUCUCCAAAUCAAUAUAAAUGUCGAAGACUAGGAGCUGAUGAUGUUUCUUCAGAAAAUUUAAGUCCCAGACUGUUGAGUAUGUCAAAGAAGGAUUAUAAAAAUGCUCAUUCUGAGUCUUUGUCUGACAUGCUUUGGUCUCCCAAUAUUCGUGAAUGUAAGAAGGCCUGCCAUUCAAUUCCCAUAGCAUCAACACACUGUGCCACAUCCUCUCAUUCAUCCCAUGUUUCAGCUGAGAAGUUCUCAUCGAGUGGCAUGGAAUGUGAGAACUUGAACAUCUUUGCUGAUACGCCCAGUGUCAAAAGAGGUAUAGAAUCACCUUCAGCAUGGAAGUCACCUUGGUUCAUGAGCUCUCUUCUACCAGGACAUGGAAUUGAGGCAGACAUAGUUUAUGAGGACUAUUACUUGAGCCCCAGUGAUAGAAGUUAUGAUGCAAUUGGGCUAAUGAGGCAAUUAAAUGAGCAAAGUGCUGCAGCAGUGGCUGAGGCUCGUGAGAUACUGGCCAGUGGGAAGCCUGAUCCAGAUUUUGAAAAAAGAUGUGCUGGCAGUGAGAAAUUGUUAAAAAGACUUCAAUCUGGUAAAAGAACGAUGGAUGAUAUUGUUCCCCAGCCACCAAAUAGCAUGGUGGAAGGACGUGUUCUUGAUUUUAGUGGGUGUGCCACACCGGCCAAAAGAACUGACAACAGUAAACUAUGCGGUAUAGGGGUAUCAGUAAGUUCCUCAACCAGCCAAUCCUCCCAUCUUUUGAAGAGUUACAGAUGACAUUUGUGGUCAACAUCAAAGUAAAUAUAUACUCGUCAUGUUGAUAAUUAUCAGUUAUAUAUGUAUAUGCCCCUAGGUUGAGAGUUCGUUUUGAUUUAUUAAGUUUCAUUUUUUCGUAUUUCAAUCUGCAUGUGUUCUUGCUGUUCUAUGAGAAAUAGUGCACAAGGGGCUCUCGUGGAGGUUAUCAUCCUGAACUUGUGUUUGUUAGUUAAAUUUAUUUCAGUUUUGUUAUUCAUGAUACUCCUAUAUGUCUUUGGAGUUUGGUUUGUGAAUUUAGUCUUCAAGAAUUUUGCUAUAUGAAUGGGAUUUGUGAGGA